AUGUCCUAUGGCUGGUUAACAGAAAGUACAUUAUUCGGAAAAAAAGAAAAAGUAAUUGAACUAAGCAAAGACAAGUUAUUCAGCGAAAGUAAAGAUAAUAAGAAGAGCGAAAACAGUAUCGAUCAACUAAAUGGAAUUGUGAAUUCAUACCUUCAAAAUGUAAAGGAAAAUAAAAAAAAUCAAAUAGGGAGAAAAAAGCUGAGUUAUCAUGAGAAACUAUACAAUGGCAAAAAUGACGGCGUGGAGAAACGGAACAACCGAGACAAGAAACUAACAUCAGUAAAAAAGCAAAUAAACAAAGUAAAAAAGUAUGAACAACUUCAGAAAAAAGGAUGCAAUGACCCAAAGUGCUUAGUGAAUUUUGAAUCAAAGAAGGAAAUAGAAAAUGAACUGGAAGAAAUACGAAAACUGAAGGCUCAAAAGAGUGGGCAAAAUUAUGUAGAAAAUUGA